AAUUUGAGUUGAAGUGAUAUUCUUUUCUCCAUGUUCUGCUCUUCAUCUUCCUAUCGAUUUUCUCUCCAUUUAUUUCUUUGUGAAAAAAAAAAUGAACAUGGUAUCAGAGCCUUUCAUGAUCUUUGAGGGCUUGCAAAAGAUUUAUCAUGCAAAAGAUGCUGGUUUGAUGAUGUUUUACGUUGCUGGUAUGGGUGGUGUUUUAUGCUACAACAUUAGUCCAAAAAGGCAAGGAUGGCUUGUGAAUAUGCAGAUUGGGACCAAGAGAGUACUCAACAUUGCAUCAAGUCAUUUUCAUGACUGAGUAGCCAAAUCUUUAGCCCAAGGAAGCUGUAGAAGAUGAUGAAGCAGUGCAACACUUUGAGGUACCAAAAUCCUUGGUUUUUGUUUACUCAAAUAAUGCAACUUAGUUGCAAAGACCUCCAAAAUUUUUUGAGGCAGCAAAAUCCAAAGAAGGAAAGUUGUAAUGAAGGAGGAGUUGAGGU